AUGGCGGCGGGGCGCUGCGAUCUUCUCCCCGCGAGCUCCUCCCCGAGGUUCCUCCCCCGCCGGGGGCCCUCCUUGCGCGGGAGGCGCCCCCCGACGGCCAUGGCGCUGCCGCCACCGGGCGCCGCCCCGCGGCGGCGGAGCCCAACGGCGCUGGAGACCCGGGUCUCCCUCGUCGCCGCCCUCGCCGCUCAGACCAUCUCCCUCUCCCAGCGAGGUAAAGCCCAGCGAGAGAGAGAGAGAAAGAGUUUUGAGAGCUCCGAGGACCUGAAAGAAGUCCUCCUUCCUGCGUAGGGCAGCUCUGAGGGAGCUCCUGACGGAGGCCGCCAAGUACGCCGCACCUUCGCGCAGGUUCGGGGAGCCCCGCAGCCUCGAGGAAGCCCUCAUGUCCGGUACCUGUUGGACCUUCGCCCCUUUCCCCUCCUCCUCCUCCUCCUCCCACUGGCAACGGCUAGUUUAUUGACCUCCAUCCCCCCUGGCGGCUCCUCCGCAGUUCCCGAUUUGGAAACCGUUGACUUCAAGGUUCUGAAGAGGACGGCCAACUACGAGAUCAGAGAAGUCAAGGUAUCCGCUUUCUUCUUCUUCUUCUUCUCCUCCUCAUUGAAACUCUGUUCUUCCAAUACCCGAGCAGCCGUUCUUCAUAGCGGAGACGACGAUGCCCGGGAAAUCCGGGUUCGACUUCAGCGGCUCGGGGCAGGCGUUCAACGUCUUGGCCGGCUACCUGUUUGGGAAGGUACGAGAACAUGUUAAUACCAUCAGAGGAAGGAAAAGAAAGAAAGACAAGACCCGCCGCUGACUCCGAGGGUUGACCUUCUCAUCUGGUGGUGAACCAGAACGCCGCGAGUGAGGAGAUGGAGAUGACGACGCCAGUUCUUACUAGAAGGGCGCAGUCGGACGGGGAGAGGAUGGAAAUGACGAACCCAGUCAUCACAAAGGUGAGCGAGCACUCCCGUCGACCUCAUGGCCCAUGGGCAAAGAUGACCGACCCUUUGGCCCUGUGGCUGACCACCAGCAAGGCGAGGAGGGCGCCUGGCAGAUGUCAUUCGUCCUGCCUUCCAAGUACGGCGGAAACCUGCCGCAGCCCAAGGACCCCUCGGUGAGGAUAAGGGAGGUGCCCGGGAAGAUUGUAGCCGUUUCAGCCUUCUCCGGUCAGAAAGUCAAACCACAUCCAUUUCUAGACGAAUUCAGGCCUUCAUAAUCAGACCAAGAUACUCAUAUAUGGAUCCCAUUUCGACAGGGCUGGUGACGGACGAAGUGGUCAGAGAGAAGGAGCUGAGACUGAGGGACGCGCUGAGGGGUGAACCAGAGUUUCAGGUGAAAGAGAGUACCUCAGUGGAGGUGGCGCAGGUGAGCGGAGACCAAUCGCUUCUUCCGAGGAACAAAACAGAGCCGCUGACUUUUCUCUUGCCCCGCUCGAUCGCAGUUCAACCCGCCGUUCACACUCCCAUUCGCCCGCCGGAACGAGGUCUCGCUGGAAGUGGAGAAGAAAGGAUGA